AUGUCCAGCACGGCCCACUCACCCCAAAAGAUCAAGCUGUGCGAGCACAUCCUGCUCCAGCACUUUGGCCCCAUCACCGCCCGCGUCGGCGCCCUCCUGCUCCGCCGCGGUCGCAUGACCGUCCGCGACCUCUCUCGCUUUCUCAAGCAGCCCACCUCUCGCACCAACCGCGGACACACGGACCCACUCUCGGCCGCCGGCACCUCAUCGGCCGCAGCCGCAACUGCACCGGGCGGCGCCCCCAAUGCUCCGUUGCCCGUGCCUAAGCGACUCAUCCAGCAGGCCAUCAUGACCAUGAUCCAGCACGGCUGCGCCUGGCACAGCUCCACCGACCCGGAGCUCGGCGACGAGGCGCAAGAGUACUUUGAGAUCAACCCAAACGAGGUCCUUGCGCGGCUCCGAUUCGGAAAGUACAUCAGCAUCGCCGAGGACUUUAUCGGGCCGGACGCCGCACGCAUCGUCAUGCUCGUCCUCAAGCACGGCAAGAUGCAGGCGCGCGAUCUCCUCGAGCAGAUGACGGCCCCACCACCGCCACAGCCUGAUGACCCCGCAGCCGCCGGGAUCGGCGCAGAGGGUGUGUCGGCCUCCAACGGCCACGCCAAUGGUGCCGACGCCAAGGCCGGUUCCAAGCGCAAGGCCGAUGUGCGCGAGCAGGAGCUGCGGGUCGAGGCCGUCAAGCGUCAGCUGGUCCACCUCCUCUACCACACCUACCUCCGCCCCUCGACGCUGGCGCAGCACGUCUCGCCGCGCGACAAGGAGAUUGCCUACGAGACGAGAGAACGACGCAAGAUCAAGGGCAUCCCCACGCCAAAGGAGCUCAAGGAGAUUCGCACCCGCGUGCUCAACAUGAUUGCCGAAGAGAGGGAAAAGGAGUGGGAGGCCGAUGACGCCUCGUCCAGGCCGGCACACCAGGUGGCGGCGGGCGGCGAGACGCGGCGCGGCCUGGUCCGAAAGUCGCAAUCGGCCCUGGCCAUGGCCAACGCGGCUGCGACCCUGGGGAAGUCGUCCAAGCGGGCAAAGACGAGCGCCAAGGACAAGAAGGGCAAGGACAAGGAGCUCAACGGCUUUCCGGCCUCGAUCCACUCGGGCAAGGCCGAUCCGGCCGACGACUUUGACCUCGAUCUCGACGUCUGGCUGCGCAUCAACUCGGAUCGCUUCGACAUCCACGUCCGCAACGAGAUCAUGGUCGAGGCGAUCCGGUCGCGCUACAACAGCACCGCCGCCGAGGUGUUCCGCCACCUGAUCGAGGCGAGCGAGUCGGCGUCGAGCCGCCAGAGUGUGCGCGAUGCGUAUUCGGCGGGCGUCUCGCUGACGCUGCUGGCGCCCAAGCUGCCCUCGACGCUGCAGAUCCAAAAGGGCUUUGACCGGCGCUCGUUUGGCAAGGACAAGGCGACGCCGACGCGGCAGGAGUUCCUGGCCGAGUACUGCGCCAUUUUCGCCCACCUCGACGACAUCUCCACCAGGGCCAAGACGCAGCGGUUCGUCUCACCGCACGGCGAGGGCACCACCAAGGCCGCCUCGGGCAGAAAGGUGGCGUCGAGCUACCGCGUCGACUAUCGCAACACGGCCGAGCGCAUGCGCCACGACCUGCUGAAGAACGUUGUCGAGGAAAAGUUUGGCACCGCGGCCGUCCGCAUCAUGGGCAUCCUGCGCGACAAGGGCAAGCUCGAGGAGAAGCACAUCUCGCGCCUUGCGCUCAUCAGCAUCAACGAGACGCGCGACAUCUGCUCGCGGCUGUUUGCGUCGUCGCUGCUGGGGCUGCAGGAGAUUCCAAAGACCAAGGACCGGGAUCCGGCCAAGACGUUUUUCCUGUGGUUCGUCGACGAGGAAAAGUGCAAGGCGUGGCUGAUUGACCGGCUGUACCAGACGCUGGCGAGGCUGGGGCAGCGGCGCAACGAGGAGAUGCGGAGGCAGGCUCCGCUGCUGCGCAAGGUCGAGCGGACCGACGUCAAGAGCGACACCGUCGGCCUGCUCAGCGAGUGGGAGCGCGAAAACUGGCACAGGCUCGAAAUGAUCCUCCAGGCCAUCACCGUCGCCGAAAACAGGGUCGAGAUGGACGUCUUUGUACUAAGAGACCUCGCCGUCGCCCCCCUCGGCGCUAGCGGCACCGGUGUCGGUGCCGCCGAUGGAUCCGCCGCUCCGUGA